AUUAUCCCAGACAGGCGUAAUAAACGAUUGUGUAGAGACCGAGCUAGAGUUAGUUGCCGUACUCGCGGAUGCACCAACACAAACAAGAGCAAUAGAAGAAGGUAAUACAAGCAAGCAGACAACUCCCGGCUUUAUUUGUGAACGAGUCGUCGACGAAACUGGUCACUACCCGCUUCUAACUACCGACAGCUAACUCUUACUUAAAUACACUCAUCAGUAUAUUUGGAUACUUACUCCAACUUUGUAAGCUCUCGUGAACUUUCUUUAGUUUUGUUCGGUUCUUUGUAAGACACACACAAUGGCUCUCAGCGUCCCUAAAAUCAAAUUUAACAACGGGAAUGAGAUUCCUAGUUUUGGUUUGGGAACAUGGAAGUCAAAACCUGGUGAAGUAACAGAAGCAGUGAAGUACGCCAUAGAAAUCGGGUACCGCCACAUCGACUGCGCUCAUGUUUACGGAAACGAGAAAGAAGUCGGCGCAGCUCUGAAAGCCAAGAUCGGAGAAGGUCUCGUGAAACGCGAGGACUUGUUCAUCACCUCGAAGCUCUGGAACUCCUUCCACAAGCCAGAGAGCGUCGAGAAAGCCAUCAAAAAAACCCUCUCGGACCUAGGACUGGAUUACCUGGACCUCUACUUGAUCCACUGGCCCAUGGCCUACGAGGACGGCGACGUCCUGUUCCCCACCGGGCCUGAUGGCAAGCCCAAGCUCAGCGACACUGACUACGUGGACACUUGGAAGGGCAUGGAAGGAGUCUGCGAGAAAGGUUUGACCAAGAACAUCGGGCUCAGCAACUUUAACUCCGAGCAAGUCGAGCGCGUCUUGAAGAGCUGCAAAAUCAAGCCUGUCACCAAUCAGAUUGAAUGCCAUCCGUACUUGUGUCAGCAACAGUUGACGAAAUUCUGCAAAGACAGAGGUCUCGUUAUUACUGCCUACAGUCCUUUGGGUUCUCCUGACAGACCCUGGGCCAAACCUGGAGAUCCUAUUCUACUUGAUGACAAAAAAUUAAUUGAAAUAAGCAAAAAAUACAACAAGACACCCGCUCAAGUGGUUAUUCGUUAUCAGCUUGAUAGAGGACAUGUCGUGAUUCCAAAGUCGGUUACUAAAGCACGUAUCAUGGAGAACGCUCAAGUGUUCGACUUUAAAUUAACCCCUGAAGACAUCGCUUACAUCAACACCUUCGACUGCAAUGGAAGAAUUUGUCCAAUGUCUGACUGUGACAAGAGUCCCCACUGGCCAUUUAACAUUCCAUUCUAAUUAACUUUUAAGAUCAAAGAUCAAGCUCGAAAAUUUUUAACUUCAUCCUUAUCUUACAUAUGUAAUCAUUUUAUUUACAUUUAUUGAUAUCAAUAAUUGCAUUAAAUUUAAUAAUUCAUUAAUAAUGUU